AUGGGUUCAAAGCCUAAUACAGCACUCAAGAUCGUCUUUGGGGCCAUGACCGUGGGAGAAAAAGGCGCAAACCAAGCCCGUGUCCAUACCUUGGAAGAAUGUGCCGAGAUUCUCGAUGUCUUUCAGGAAUUCGGCCACUCAGAGAUUGACACGGCCCGUGCCUACGGCGGAGGAAGCUCUGAGAAGUUUCUUGGUCAAUUGGAGUUGCAGAAGAGAGGCAUUAUCUUGGAUACGAAGCUGGCGCCUUUUGGUGAAUACAACCAUACGCCUGCCAAUCUUCGAAAAGGUCUGUUGGACAGCUUAAAGGCUCUUGGGACAGACAAGGUUGACAUGUGGUACCUGCAUGCGCCUGACCGCAACACGCCAUAUGAGGAUACCCUCCGCGAAGUCAACAAGCUCUACGAAGAAGGCUACUUCAAGCGCUUCGGCAUUAGCAACUACAUGGCAUGGGAGGUGGCCCAGCUUUGCGAAAUCAGCAUCCGCAACGGAUGGAAGAAGCCCGAUGUCUAUCAAGGCCUGUACAACGGCCUCCACCGAGCAGUUGAGCCUGAGCUCUUUCGCUGUCUCCGACACUACGGCAUUGCCUUUUACCAGUAUAAUCCCUUGGCUGGUGGCAUCCUCACAGACAAGUACAAGCUCGACCAAGCGGAGCUCGAAGAGGGCAGCCGCUUUGACCCUAAGCGACCACAAGGUGCUCAGUAUCGCGAGAGAUAUUGGAACGAGACGUACUUCAAAGCACUGGACGUCGUGAGGCCUGUCGCUGCGAAGCUCGGCAUUCCAACGGCUGAGGCUGCCUUGCGAUGGUCUCUCCACCACAGCCUGUUGAAGAAGGAACAUGGUGAUGCCAUCAUUAUUGGUGCAAGCAGUGCGCGGCAGUUGAGGGAGAACCUGACAAGCUUGGAAAAGGGGCCGUUGCCAGAUGAGCUUGUCGCGGCGUUUGAUGAGGGGUGGCAAGUGGCCAAGGCCGUCUGCAGACCGUAUUACCGCUAG